GCCACAAUUCACUUCCGCCUGCGCAGAGAGAAACGAACCUGCUAAUAAACUAGCAACGUUGAGUCGGUCGCCUAGCUGGUAUUGUAUUUGUCCGGAGGAUUAUUCACCAUAACAGGAAACCAUUUUAUACUUUAUUUAAACAUAUACAUAAGAAAGAAAGAAAUUCAGUUAUAUUUAAAGGUAUCUAUACUUAGCUACAAAGCGUUUAAGGUUGUUUUUUUGCGAGCGCUUCGGAUCAGAUAGCCAGUCUUGUUAGCUAGUUAGCUAACGAUAGCUAGCUUAGCAGAGCAGGGGGGAAAAAUCCCCAGCAACGCGAGUUAGAGGAAGUUUAUGUGCAGCUAAUUGUGCAUGCAGCUUUGAUAAACCCAGGUUUUUCCGUUUGGCCGAAUGUUUCAUAACAGACAAAGACAUCUAGUUUUUGAAGUAAGAUAACGUGGUCGGCUCUAAAGCUUUCACAGGUUUCACUCGUUCCAUUCAUCCGCUGCGAAUUCAAAAUGUCGGAGUUUGACGAAUUUGAGAGACAACUGACCGAAAACAAACAAGGUGACGGCGUUAACGGCCAUGAGCGGGACAAAGAGAACAGGCACAGGCGCCGAAGCAGCUCACGUAGCCGUAGUCGUGAAAGGAAGAGGAGGAGCAGGGAGAGGAGGAGCCGGGAGCGACGCAGCAGCAGCAAAGAUCGCCGGCAUAGACGCAGUCGUUCCCCACCGAGGGAGAAGAAGAAGAAAAUCAAAAAGUACUGGGAUGUCCCUCCUCCUGGCUUUGAGCACAUCACACCAAUGCAGUACAAGGCCAUGCAGGCUGCUGGUCAGAUUCCUGCCACAGCACUGCUGCCCACUAUGACUCCAGAUGGACUGGCCGUUACGCCCACUCCAGUACCUGUAGUAGGCAGCCAGAUGACCCGCCAGGCUCGGAGGCUCUAUGUGGGCAACAUCCCAUUCGGCAUCACAGAGGAGUCGAUGAUGGACUUCUUCAACGCUCAGAUGAGACUAGGGGGUCUUAUUCAGGCUCCAGGAAACCCCGUCCUUGCUGUCCAGAUUAACCAGGAUAAGAACUUUGCCUUCCUUGAGUUGCGCUCAGUGGACGAGACCACACAGGCAAUGGCGUUCGAUGGCAUCAUAUUCCAAGGCCAGAGUCUGAAGAUCCGCCGGCCACACGAUUACCAGCCGUUACCAGGCAUGAGCGAGAAUCCCAGUGUCUAUGUGCCAGUUGAUCAGUCCUGCACAUCGGCUUGGAGGAAUUUUAAUCCAUUCCUCAGUACAGAACAACUUCAACUCUGGGAUGUUGGUGUGGUGUCCACUGUAGUCCCUGACUCUGCUCAUAAGCUGUUUAUUGGAGGCCUGCCCAACUAUCUCAGUGAUGACCAGGUGAAAGAGUUGUUGACAUCCUUUGGGCCUUUAAAGGCAUUCAACCUAGUGAAGGACAGUGCCACAGGGCUCUCCAAAGGCUAUGCCUUCUGCGAAUAUGUUGAUGUCAAUCUUAAUGAUCAGGCUAUUGCAGGACUAAAUGGGAUGCAGUUAGGAGAUAAGAAGCUCCUGGUCCAGAGAGCAAGUGUAGGAGCCAAGAAUGCAACUUUGACCAGCAUAAACGAGACCCCGGUGACGCUGCAGGUACCAGGCCUGAUGAACAGCUCAAUGAAUCAGAUGGGUGGAAUUCCCACUGAGGUUCUGUGCCUGAUGAACAUGGUGGCUCCGGAGGAACUUUUGGAUGAUGAUGAGUAUGAAGAGAUCGUGGAGGACGUCAGGGACGAGUGCUCAAAAUACGGUCAGGUCAAAAGCAUCGAGAUCCCUCGCCCUGUCGACGGCCUGGAGAUCCCCGGAACCGGAAAGAUCUUCGUGGAGUUCACAACAGUUUUCGAUUCCCAGAAAGCCAUGCAAGCCUUGACGGGAAGGAAGUUUGCCAACAGAGUGGUUGUGACCAAAUACUGCGACCCUGAUGCCUACCACCGCCGAGAUUUUGGCUAGAUCAGGACGCAUGUAAUGAGAGGAGUGUGUGGCGAAGGAGAAACCAGAUUAAAAGGCUGUAUUAUGAACGUGGCGUGGUGAAUGUGGAGGGAUGGCGAAAGAGGGGAAUCUUUUCUUGUAGUGCAAGGUGGCAUUUCAUGUUUCUUUCUUUUCUUUUUUCCUUUUUUUUUUUUUUUUUUUUUUUUUAAAAGCAAAAAUAGCCUUGGCACAAUGGGUUUGCAUUUUAAUAAAGCAGGAGGGAGUAUUAAUUGAGUUUAUUAAUUUGUUUAACUGCAUAUUGAAGUGAUGGGAAGGGUUUGGGAGGGAGGAGUGGAAUUACAGUACAUAAUGCUUCUAAAACCACAGAAUAUUGUCAAUGGCAUGAGUGAAGGAAAUAAAUUGCUUCCUUACACUUUACUUUGAUCCCUCUAUCGUCAUACAUUUUUGCUGUCCGUGACCUAACCACCUUGAUCCUACUACACACUCAAUUUUUCAGUCUUUUUAUCUCCGAAGUUAGUUUAGUUAAAUUGUGUGUUAGUUUAUAUCCAGCUCUGUCUGUCCUGUUUCCAGUACACAUGACUGCCUCUUAUAUUGGUAAUGUAACUUCAAGUCUAGCAUGGCACCUUUGUGUCUCUCUAUCUGUGAACAUAACCCUCUUUUGAUAAUAAACUUAGUGAGAAUUUGAAAAAA